AUGUUUAAUUCAUCUAAUGAAACUUAUUAUCAGUAUAUUAUUGUACGUAGUUUAAGUAUAUAUGCUCUUAUACUUGUUAUUGUUGGAACAUUAGGAAAUGUAUUAACAAUAGUUAUUUUAUGUCGAAGAAAUUUAAGACGUUAUGUUACAAUGAGAUAUUUAAUUGCCGUUAGUAUAUGUGAUAUUGUAUCAUUAUAUGGAUGGAAUUUAAAUAAUUUUUAUAAAUAUACAAUUAGUUUAAAUUAUACUAAUAUAGAAGAUUUUUCAGUUGCACAUUGUCGAAUUAUCUCAUAUUUUACAUUUGUUGGUUUACAAUUAUCAAGUUGGUGUCUAACAGCUGUUAGUAUUGAUCGUUGUUUAAGUUUAUAUUUUCUAACAUGGAAACAAAGUUAUGGUAAAUUAUCUCAUACAAAAUAUUACAUAGCUAUAUUAACAAUAACAUGUUUAUUGUUCAAUUCUCAUAUUCUUUUUCUCAAUGGAUAUCGAUCUGGUCCUCCACAUUACAUUGUUAAAUGUUAUGCUGCACGAAAAAAUCUUCUUUAUAUUUAUCCACAAUGGGAACGUGCUCAUCUUAUUGCUUAUAAUUUAUGUCCAUUUUCUAUUAUGUGUCUAUGUAAUACAUAUAUUAUUUAUAUAACUAUUCGUUCAGCUCGUAUUCGUCUAUCAGCAAGAAGACGAAAUCGUCGUCAUCGACAAUUAUCAAUAAUGUUAAUAUUAGUAACAUUUGUUUUUGUUAUAUUAACAUUACCAUCAUGUAUAUAUUAUGUAUUUUUUCGUCAUCGUAUGUCUCGUACACCAGAAUUACGUAUGUUACGUUAUAUGGUACAAAUAUGUUUAGGUAGUAUACAAUUUACAGCACAUGCAAUAAAUUUUUUUCUUUAUUGUUUUUCAACAAAAAGUUUUCGAAAUGAAUUACAUGAUUUUUUAGAAGAAAUAUUUUUAUGUUUAAUUAAACCUAAACGAUCAACAAUGAAUUCAAUAUCAAUAACAACAUAUAAAAAAUAUUCUAUAAGAAAACGUCAUAUGAAACAAGAAUCAACAUUAGAAAAUCAAGAAACUGGACAACAAUAUGCAUUAAAAGAUAUGCAGACAAUAUUUAUUAAUAAUGAAUAA